AUGGGUAAUAAAAUAUCUGAAUGUAAACAUAGACAAAAUAUUUUAUAUAAAAAUAUAAAAAAUAUAAUAAAACAAAGAAAUGAUAUUGAUGUUAAAAAUAACAUAUAUAUUUGUGAAUCAAAUGAAAAAGAUUUAUUUAACUUAAAUAAUGAAAUUUUUGAAUUAUAUAAUACACAUGAAGAAAAUACUGAAAAAAAAGAUAAUGAAAAUAAAGAAAAUGAGGAAAAUAAAAAUAUAAACAUAGAAAUAAAAUUUAAAAAUGAGAAAGAGAAAAAAAAGAAUGCAAAUAUUCAUAAAAAACAGAAUGAUUAUUCAGAAAAAAAAACAAAUAGAAAAAAUAAAGAAAAACGGGAUGAUGAAGGGAAAAAUGUAAAAGAAAUAGAUGAACAAACAAAAAAAACUAACGAAAAUCAUAAGAAAAAUUUUGAACUAGAUUAUGGAUCGUUUUAUAAUAUAGAAGAAAAAAAUAAUAUAUGUAAAAAUAAUAAUAAUAAUAAAUUAUUAAAAAAAGAAAAAUUAUUAAAACAUAUAGAAGUAAAAAAUGAAAAGAGUCAAAAAUUAAAAAAUACAGAGAAAACUGAAAAUGUUCUAUUAAAAAAAAUUAGUUUGAACAAGAAUAUCAUAAGUAAGGAAUUAAAUUAUAGUGAUGAUGAAAGUACUUUUUUUAAUGAUGAAAAUAAUAAUACAAUUCUAACUAAAAAUUCACAUAUGGAUAAUAAAGAAUUGUUUAAGUCAACUUUUAAGUGCAUUGAAUUAAAAUUAUUACCUGAUGAUGAUUCAUACACAGGGAAUAUUAAAAGUAACAUUGCGGAGAUAAACUAUAGUAAUAAUAUAAAGAUAAAAGAAAAUAAAAAUGAAAUUAAUGAAAAUUUAAAGAAUAAUAAAAUUUUAAAUAAAUUUUUAAAUUUACUUAAGGAGAAAAAAAUUUUGCAAAAUAUAUUAUCAUUUUUAAACUGUAGAGACUUAUUAUCAUUUCAGAAAACUUGUUCUAUUAUUUAUAUAUAUGUCAGUGAUUUUUUAGAUUAUAUAUGUUUAAAUAUCUAUUCUAAUUUUAAAAGAAUAUAUGAUUUUUAUUUUACACCAUUUAAUUUUUUUUAUAAAUAUGAAUAUCUUUACACUGACAAACCAUCUUUUAGGCUAGAUUGCAUAUUAAUUUCAAAAAUAAAAAAAGGAUGUAUAGGCUACAAUAAUAGAUUUGGGUAUAAAUACAAUUAUAUAUAUGAUAAAAGGAAAAGUAGUUACUAUGCUUAUUUUAAUUUUAAUGUACUCAAGAAAAAUUCAUCAAGAAUUAUUGAAAUACAUAAGGAUAUUUCAUAUAAUAAUGGGGAUGAUAUAAAUGUUUCUCAUAUAAUAAAUAAUUAUGUCUGUUCAAACGAUUAUAUAUGCAUACCAAUAAAUUUAUAUAAUUUUAUUGGAAAUGUUGAUUUUAAUUCUAUUAAAUUUAUUUCAAAUAAAUUAAGUAAAUAUAUAAUUUAUAAUAAUCAGUUAGAUGAUCAGAUGUGGUAUAAUAAAGAGGAAUAUCAAAUUUUAAUAAAAGAAAACAGAUUAAUUACUUUUGAAUCUUUACUACCACACUUAAAACAUAUCAACACAAUUUAUUCUGGAAUAGAUGUAACUGUUAUGAAAUCUACAUAUAAAGCUAUUCAACCUGGAAAACUAGGUAAAAAGAGUUAUAAUUUAUGGGGUAACUAUUUUAUAAUAGAAGACAAAAAUGAUCCUGUUUUUACCUUUUUAAAAAGAGAAGGUUUGCAACAUGAUUAUAUUUAUCAUAAAUUUUAUUUAAGAGUUGGUGAUUAUGUUGUUUUUUAUUUAAUUAAAGGAGGAAAUAAUAUUUAA